AUGAUGAUGGCUAUUACAUGUACGCUAUGUCCGCUGGCACGAGAUUACACCGGGCUUAUACUAUACGCUGUUGGCUUUGGAAUGUUCGACGGAUGUUUUAUUUUGCUUAUUACUAUUACCACCUGUGAUUUAGUCGGGCCUGAAAGGUUACCACAAGCCUUAGGAACUCUGUAUGGGGUUGUAUCACUUCCUGUUAUAUUUGGACCACCCCUGGUAGGUAGGUUCGAUUUUUCUUUUGCAAGGGAGUGUCCAUAGGAGAAGUUUUGGGACUUUGAUGCUAUUGAUUCAGCAGUCUUAACUUUAUGUUAUCUAGAAUUCAUUUAAUGACUGAUGUUGGUCAUCAGAGCCGGAGUAGAAAAAACAUUUUGACCAUUUAUUUCGUCACUGCAUUGGCACUUAGUUGAAUUAAGUAAACCUCAAAGCAAAGUUUCCCUCUUGUCAGCCUGUGACGAUUUCAUGUGUAUUUUAAAGACUGAAAAAAACCUGCGUCUUGCACGGUGCAAUAGGCUUGAUUUCUGCCACUCUCUGUUGUCUUUUUUGUCUGCCAGGGUCUUUUUGGGGAAAAAGCGCACAGUCAUUUCCCAUAAUCGAACCCAGGUGCGGCCUCCUUUGGUGCGGCCUGGAAUCAUUUUCCCGCGAUAACCGGACGGAUACAAAGAAAAUUAAAGUAAAUUAUAGUUUACUCGAAAUUAACCUUUUUUAUUCAAACAUUAAACUAUUGCAUAUUCUUUCUCUUCCAGCGUAUAUUUUCGAGAUAACCGGCUCAUACAGGGACGCUUUCUUUGUUGCCGGAGGUGCCAUAGCUGCUGGAUCUUGCAUUCAUUCUCUAACUGGACUGGUAUUUCUGUCAGAAGCGAAAGAAAGAGAACAAAUCUGCGAAGAGUGCGGGAAAGAAAAUGA